AUGUGGAACAGAGGCGAUCUUGACGAUGGAUACGACUCUUACAAAACAGGUUCAAGUAGCGGUGGCUCUCCUGGGUGUGUCCCUAGUAAUGAAUCAACCUGGCUCAGCAAACAGCCCGGAGCUGGCAACAGCAUUUCUGGACGUAGACACAGUGCUGUGUCGGACAGUGGUGACACUGGCAUUGGUACCUACUGUUCUGAUAGUGUGGAAGAUGACUCCUGUUCCAGCACCACACCUUCAUCUUUCCUGCCGCUUUCCCGACGUCACUCCAGUCAGGAAGAUGGGCUUGGCAGUAACGUCCCUGUCAUCCAUGUCAAGCCAUCGCCAUCCACAUCGCUGUAUGCCAGCCCAAGAAUGACUGCCUCACCAGUCAGCACAGGCAAUGGGAGCAGGUCUUCCAAGUUGAACCCGCCAGCCAUGUCCCCCCUCAGUGCACCAGCUAGUGUUGAUUUGAAGGACUAUCAGCCCAUCAGAAGGUGGUCCUCUCUCACAAAGUUGUCAUCUGGCGUCGAGAAGAACUCCAGUAAAACACCAGUGCACCAUCACAGCACAGAUUCACAUGGCUCCCUUGAUAGGGGUCUGAUCUAUGGCUACAGAAAAGAACCCCGUGUUUUAAAUAGAGACCUUUAUUUACCUGUAUCUUCCUCAUUGCUCAGUCAUAGCUUAUUACAACGUUCUCCUGGUUCUGGUCCCUGCUACUGGAGCAAACUUAGUUGUAGGUCCAGUUUGGAAACAGACCGGUCACUGUCUUCAACUCUUUCCUCGCCCAUUAAACACAGCAGUUUGGACAUGAACUAUAAUAGUUUAGCAGAGGCUAAACUGGCUCUGGGAGGUGGUCAGGUUUAUGGCCUGAGUUUAUCCAAGCUAGCUGACUCACCACUCAGUCACCCGGUUGACAGGGAAUCUCCGAUUCAACCGGCCGUCCGCACACAAAUGUGGCUAACAGAGCAGAUGGAAUACAGUUCUAAAGCAGAGCACGGAGAACUUGGCCAGGAACUUGGUACUGAAAGAAAGGUCUGUGGUGGAGAUGGACCAUCCUUUGAACAAGGCAUCAACCAGACGCUGCAUGGGACGUCCCAGUUCGUCAACACUCUGGUGAAGGUUAAAGAGGGGAUGCUGAGACAAAGAGAGUUGGAGAUAGAUAGACAGAAGCAACAGAUCCUGCAGCUCCAUGCUCGCAUUAGGGAAAAUGAGUUGAGAGCCCAGCAGGUCCUACACAGUCAAAGAUGGUUUGAAGAUCCUCAAAUCCAGAAGAUGAAGGAAUCCGUGAAGGAAGUGCCACCUGACCCGCUGUGUUGUGACGAAGAGCUGAGUAGAAAGCUGGCAUUGUCCGAACUGGAAGUACUUCAUCUGAACGAACUGUACAAGCAAGCCACUCAAAAAUAUACUGAUGAUCUCAGGAAACUGGAGGAAAAGAUAAAGACAAGGGAUCGCUACAUCAGCAGUUUGAAAAAGAAGUUUCACCGGGAGAGUGAACAGAACCAUGAAAAACAACAACGCAUUGAAACUCUGGAGAAGUACCUUGCUGACAUGCCAACUGUGGACGAAGUGCAAGUUCAGACACUUCAGCUAGAGGAGGUGCAGUUGAGAGCUCAGGAUCUGGAAAAAAUGGUAGCUCACUUACAAGGAAAGCUGGAGGACAGCUGUACUCUUUUGAAAGAGAAAGAUCUCAAGAUUGAGACACAAGCCAGGAGAGAGAAGGAGCUGAUUGCAUCUGUGCACAGGUUGCAACAGAAGGUGCAGAAGUGUUUGGAUGAUGGAUUGAGGCUGGACCUGAAGCAUCUUGAGGUGGAAAAUUCUCAACUCCAGGAGAAACAAGACCAGAGCAGCAAGCUCAUUGAGCGUCAGAAAGUACAGAUUGAGAGACUUAACUCGCAACUCAGGGUGACCAAUAAAAAAUUACAGAAAGAAAGAAGCCUUUCACAACAGUGUGACAACAUAGAAGGUCCAUCCAUUCAAUCUACAACCUUAUCAAAGGUUGAUAACUGGCUGCAGGAGCAUGCACUGUCUGAUGUGGAGAUGCCACAAGUUGGACGACUUUUGAGGGAACUGUCCGUGUGUCUACUGGACCUUAAGGCUCUCCGCAGCAUUCUGGCUCAGAGGGCGCAAGGAAAGGAGCUCAACUUGUCUCUCCUUCUGGGCAUGACAUCAUUGAACGUGUCAGCAGAGGAGAGCGAGUGCAAGGACGUAGAGGAAGAUGUCGUCCCUGUGAAUCUGCUCGAGGUCAGCCAGCUGAGGAGAGGCAUCGACGAGCUGAGGAAAAACAUCGCCGACUGCUACACCCACUGUGCGGUCGACAGCUGA